AUUUCUCUUUCCCGCUCGUCUUUUCGGUUUCGUCGUUUGAACUCCGUUCCGUACCUUGAGGGCGACCUAAAGGUGCUAAUACUAUCAUACCACUUCUUUCGAUACAGCUUCUGUUUGUUUAUCCCUAAUCAAUCCAUCAAGAUGGCCACUCUCAUUCUUGGUUCCCAGUGGGGUGACGAGGGUACAGGAAAGCUUACCGACAUCCUCUGCCCCAAGGCCCAGAUCUGCGCCAGAGCCGCUGGCGGCCACAACGCUGGUCACUCCAUCGUCGCCAAUGGCGUCGAGUACGACUUCCACCUUCUCCCUUCCGGUCUCGUCAACCCUAACUGCAUGAACCUCAUCGGUUCCUCUGUCGUCUUCCACGUCCCCAGCUUCUUCAGCGAGCUCAGCAAGCUUGAGGAGAAGGGCCUCACCGAUGUUCACAACCGUAUCCUCGUCUCCGACCGCUGCCACGUCAACUUUGACCUUCACGCUGCCGUUGAUGGUCUCGAGGAGGUUGAGCUCGGUGACCGCAAGAUCGGCACCACCGGCCGUGGUAUCGGUCCCUCUUACAGCACCAAGAUGGCGAGAAGCGGUGUCAGAAUCCACGAGAUCUUCAACGAAGAGAUCUUUGAGCGCAAGCUCAGGCAACUCGCUGCCGGCUACAAGAAGAGAUUUGGUGAUCUCCUCAAGUACGAUGUCGAGGAGGAGAUUGCCCGCUUCAAGGAGUACCGUGUCAAGCUCGCCCGCUAUACUGUCGAUGCCAUCCAGUACAUGAAGGAGGCCCAGGACCGCGGCUACAAGAUCCUCAUCGAGGGUGCCAACGCCCUCAUGCUGGAUAUUGACUACGGCACCUACCCCUAUGUCACUUCCAGCAACACCGGUCUUGGUGGUAUCAUCACUGGUCUUGCCAUCAACCCUACCAAGAUUGACAACAUCAUUGGUGUCGUCAAGGCCUACACCACUCGUGUCGGUGGUGGUCCCUUCAAGACUGAGGACCUCGAGGAGGCUGGUACCAAGCUCCAAGAGAUUGGUCGCGAGUGGGGUGUCAGCACUGGUCGCAAGCGUCGUUGCGGCUGGCUCGAUCUCGUCGUCCUCAAGUACUCGACCGCCAUCAACAACUAUACCGCCCUCAACCUUACCAAGCUCGAUAUCCUCGACACUUUCGAGACCAUCAAGGUUGCCGUCGCUUACAAGGACCCUCAGACCGGUGAGGAGGUCGAGUACUUCCCUGCCGAUCUCGACAUCCUCGACAGCCUUGAGGUUGUCUACAAGGAGCUUCCCGGCUGGAACAAGCCCAUCACUGACUGCAAGACCUACUACGAUCUCCCCAAGGAGGCUCGCGCCUACAUUGAGUUCAUUGAGGAGUUCGUCGGCGUCCCCAUUUGCUACAUUGGCACCGGCCCUAAGCGUGAGGACAUGAUUGUCCGCAAGACCUCCGCCAUUAAGGAGUAAAUUACCACCUAAAAAGGCGUUUCUGUUUGGGUUUGUGGGAUUUAAAGAACAACACUCCGUCAUCAACGAUACCAUGGACAGGAACGAACAUGAUAUCGUAUUAACAAUGAUUUACAACAACAACCACAAUAAGAAGAACGAACAACGACAGGGAAAAAAAAAAGCGAGGGCGCUUUAACUUACGAUGAUCUCAUCCGUCAUUUCUCUUUUUUCCAUCUGCGCUGCGCUACAUAAGAACGCCAGGGACAGUGAUACCCCCUAUACACUACACAUCACAUGAUUUAAACGGCUUCGGAUCAGAAAUUCGAAUCUUUACAACAACUAGAUAGAGGUUGUUCGUUGGCUCUGGCGGUGUGGUUAGCCUUUGUCACUUUUCGCGGGUUGUUGGAAAAAAUAGAACGUUGGUUUUUUUUCUUUUGACCAGGUGUUCCCUUGUGAGUCUCUUCAUGGAGCUUUGCAAAUCACCUACCUUUACCAAGCACAGGCUAUGAUGUCCAUCCUGUUAUAUCCAAAACCUAUCGAAUCGGAAAAUUCGACAAAGUCACAUCACAUCUUCAGCUUAAAGCUUAUGAACCCUCUUAUUCGAAUCCGCGCAUCCGCACACAUCGAACAGCGCAACGCUAGGAU